UCGCGUUUCCAUCAUUUUAUAGUUUAAUAUAUGCUUUAAAAUAUCAUGGUGAAAAAUCUUUAAAUUUGAAUACACCACACCCAAUAGUAUGGUGAAAAGGUCUGUUGGCGGAGUAGCCAGACCGCUGAAGUAGGAACUUAACUGAAUAUCGAAGUAACCAUUUUUGAAGGAGCAAACGUCCAAAGCGAAGGAAAAAAAUUAUUAUUCAAUAUGUUUCGAGUGCAUUGCAACAAGUGCUUUCGUCAUCGCAAAACUGAUCCGGCCGUGCCCUUCCACUUGACCCAGUGCCGGCACGUGAUCUGCGCCCCCUGUUUGGGCCAAUCCUCGCAAGAAAGGAAGUGCCCACUGUGCGGCCGGGCGCUCAAAACGAUCCAGAUCAACCGGGAAAUGCCCACCUGCGUGGCCAACUACUUCGAGGAUCCGCUGCGCUUCCAGCAGAUGUACCGCAAGAUCAGCAAGUUCCAGGCAGACCAGCGGGCGUCGGACAACCUGGGUUUCUACCGCCAGUUGCAGCAGCUGGAGCAGAAUAAGCGCCAGCUGGAGGGCUUUUGCAAGAUGGAGGCGCAGCUGAACCAGAAGGUCGUGGAGGAAAAGAAGCGGAUUGCCGAAAUACGCACCUACAUCGCUUACCACGAGGAUGCGCAGAAAAGGCGACGGAACAGCGCGGGCGAAAGAUCGCAUACGCCGGAGUUCAAGGAAGCCUGGAACACAUCUGUCAGCACUUCGGACCAAACCCAGUCGGAUAAGCCUUCCAAUAGCUUCUGCCCAGACGCGAAUAUGGAUUCCCGCCCAACGCGGAGGAGAUCGUAUCGCCUUUAGUCACUUCGAUUACUUUACCGACCUUUUUUAGGAAUUCUAAGACUAUAAUGAUAU